AUGGCUAAAGAUGGUGUUCGAGUGGUAGAUGAUGCUAUUGUUUGGGUAGAGUUGAGGAUUUCGGACAAUUGGAAGAGCUACCGUGUAUGGGUUGGAGGUAGCAACUACGUGCAAGAGGGAGCUUGUGGGGGUGUGAGGUAUGGUGUGCAGUCGAAGGCUCGACAUGUAUGCAAGGAAGAGCUAACUAUUGCGAGGUGUGGAGCUAGAGCUAUAGGUUAUGUUGGGAGGAAGAUGAAGGCUUGUGGGGUGACUAUGGUGCAUUUUUCAAGAAAAGAGAGGAAGGAAAAGAGCUACAAUGAAGGAAAGUUUCGGGUGUGGGAGAAAGAGGAAUAG